AUGACAGCUCUCAGGCCGGUAAUUACGCCAGCGCCGAAGUGUUGUGAAAUUUGACAGCCAGCUUUGGGUUCUUUUCCUUCGUGGUUUUCGACUGACAAGAUGGCUCCAACUGCCAAGACCAACAAGGGUGAUACUAAGGCCGCUGCUGCCAAGCCGGCUGAGAAGAAGACCGCUGCUCCUGCCGCUGCCAAGGGCAAGGUGGAGAAGCCCAAGGCUGAGGCUGCCAAGCCCGCCGCCGCUGCCGCCAAGAACGUGAAGAAGGCACCAGAGGCCGCCAAGGAUGUGAAGGCUGCUGCCGCCGCCGCCAAGCCCGCGGCUGCUAAGGCCGCUGCUGCUGCCAAGGCAGCUCCCGCUAAGGAGGCCGCCAAGAAGGCACCCGCUGCGGCUGCUGCUGCCAAGAAGGCGGCUCCAGCCAAGCCUGCUGCUCCUGCUGCAGCCAAGACUGCUCCCGUUAAAAAGGCAGCUUCCACUGCCGCGGCUGCUCCCCCAGCCAAGAAGGCCGCCCCUGCCAAGGCUGCUGCUCCAGUCGCAGUCGCUGCUGCUGCUGCUGUGCCAGCUGCUGCAGCCGCUCCGGUUGCUGCCAAGCCUGCUGCUCCCAAGCCCAAGGCAAAGGCAGCACCGGCACCCAGCAAGGUGACGAAGAAGAAUGUGCUCCGCGGCAAGGGCCAGAAGAAGAAGAAGGUCUCCCUGCGCUUCACCAUCGACUGCACCAACAUCGCUGAGGACAGCAUCAUGGAUGUGGCCGACUUCGAGAAGUACGUUAAGGCUCGCCUUAAGGUCAACGGCAAGGUUAACAAUCUAGGCAACAAUGUCACCUUUGAGCGCUCCAAGUUGAAGCUGCACGUCAGCUCCGAUGUGCACUUCUCCAAGGCCUACCUCAAGUACCUGACCAAGCGGUACUUGAAGAAGAACAGCCUGCGCGACUGGAUCCGCGUUGUGGCCAACGAGAAGGACUCGUACGAGCUGCGCUACUUCAGAAUCAGCUCCAACGAUGACGAGGACGACGAUGCGGAGUAAAGAUGAUACAAAAAAAAAA